AUGCAACAUCCUCCUAACCUAGCCACAAUGAUGAACCUCGCGCCCGCCUUCGAACGGAAAAUGCAGCUCUCCCACGGAAACCUCAGUAUAGGACGGCCGGCAACAACCUGGGCACCUUCGAAGACAACAGGGGUGUCUCCUUCUUUGACAACCAACAAGGAGAAAAGGCCUCCUACCGGUAACCCCUCCAGAUUAGCAUCAAGUGCAGGAAGUAGCAGGACAACACCCUCCUUUAGACGGCUGUCCCGAGCCGAGAUGGCAGAACGGCACGCAAGAGGGCAGUGCUUCAAUUGCGAUGAUCUGUACUCCUCCGGUCACAGGUGCAAGAAGCUGUUCUAUCUUCUGGUAGAAGAACCCGAAGAGGACGAAGAGGAACCUGCAGCAUUAGAACCAGAGAUCUCCCUCCACGCCAUCACAGGGAUCCAAACAUCCCAAACCAUGCAACUAAGGGUGCGGAUAGCAGGACAACCAGUUCAUAUUCUCGUAGACUCCAGAAGCACCCACAACUUCGUCAAUGAACAGGCAGCCCGUCGGUUAGAAUUACCGAUGGAAAUCAAGCCGCAGUUAUAG